GGCUUAACUGGGAGGCUGAGGAGGACCGUGGACCUGAGCGCAGAAGAAGAAGAAGAAGAAGAAGCAGCAGCAUCACAAGAAGAAGAAGAAAAAGAAGAAGAGGAAGAAGAAGAGAAAGAGUCAUUAUCCGACCCCUUGCUCAUCACUGACAGCCGCUCAGGAUUUCAGGCAUUAGUCCCCCUCACCUCCUCUGGCCUGACUGACCCACCAGCCCACCACCAUGAACUACCUCCGCCGGCGCCUGUCAGACAGCAGCUUCGUGGCCAACCUCCCCAACGGCUACAUGAUGGAUCUGCAGAGGCCGACGCCUCCGGGUUCAUCCACCUCCUCUCCCGCCUCCCCGGCCACAGAGAGGCGGCAGCCCCCGAGCAUCCCGAUUCCGGCCCAGGGCUCAGGCCCAGGCCCGGCCGCCGGCCCGGCUCCUGGCCCGGCUCCAGCCCCGACUUCAGGCGCAGGGAGCUUCCUCAGCUCCUUCUCCAGCGUGGUGAAGAGCGCUCAGAUGGCCCAGAACGUCGCUGCCGCUGCACACGCCAAGGCAGCCGCGGCAGCUGCUGAAGGGGCCUCAACAGGAAGCAGUCAGCCACCGAAACCUGUCGUACGCAAGCCCAAGAUCCUGCUGGUCAUCGAUGAUCAGCACACAGACUGGGCGAAGUAUUUUCGAGGGAAGAAGCUGAACGGAGAAUAUGAGAUCCGGGUGGAGCAGGCGGAGUUCUCGGAGAUCAACCUGGCUUCCUACGUGAACACGGGGUGUAUGGUGGACAUGCAGGUCAACAAAGGUGGCACCAGAGUGGUCAGGUCCUUCAAGCCAGACUUCGUCCUGAUCCGCCAGCACGCCUACAGCAUGGUCCCCGGUGAGGACUUCCGGAACCUCGUCAUCGGCCUUCACUUCGGUGCCGUCGCGAGCAUCAACUCCCUUUUCUCCAUCUACAACUUCUGCAGCAAGCCUUGGGUGUUUUCGCAGAUGAUUAAACUCUACCACUCCCUCGGUCCUGAGAAGUUCCCCCUGAACGAGCAAACUUUCUAUGCCAACCACACGCAGAUGGUUACAUCUCCUUCCUACCCUGUGGUGGUCAAGAUGGGGCACGCUCACGCUGGCAUGGGAAAGAUCAAAGUUGAAAACCAACAGGACUUCCAGGACAUCACCAGCGUGGUGGCUCUGGCCGGGACCUACGCCACCACCGAGCCCUUCGUCCAGUCCAAGUACGACAUCCGCAUCCAGAAGAUCGGCAACAACUACAAGGCUUACAUGAGAACUUCCAUCUCCGGGAACUGGAAAGCUAACACAGGCUCGGCCAUGUUGGAACAGAUUGCGAUGACUGACAGAUAUCGGAUGUGGGUGGACUCCUGCUCUGAGAUGUUUGGUGGCCUGGACAUCUGUGCAGUGAAGGCCGUCCACGGAAAGGACGGCAACGACUACAUCAUCGAGGUGAUGGACAGCUCCAUGCCUCUGAUCGGCGAGCACGUGGAGGAGGAUAAACAGCUGAUCACAGAGCUGGUCAUCAACAAGAUGGCCCAAGUGCUGCUGGGAGUCUCCACACCCCAGCCUUCCUCCGUCAAGACCACACAGCCCAGGCGAGGGGGACAGCGCUCGGCCUCCGCCUCUCCCUCCCAGUCGGCCCAGGGUUCACCCCAGCGAGCCCGAUCGGCCACCACCUCUCCCAGCCAGGCCUUCCAGCCUGGUCCCAUCCCUGCCGCCACCGGGCCCGGAUCUCAGAAACAGUCACCGCAGCUGAACAAAUCCCAGUCGCUGACCAACACCUUCACGGAGACGUUACGAGGAAACGUGACGGACGACGAGGCCAAGGCCGAGACCAUCCGCAGCCUCCGACAGUCCUUCGCCAGCCUCUUCUCCGACUAAAAGCCGCCCCGCCCAGAAGCCUCUUCUCCCUGUCAGUUGUCAGGUUCGAAAAAAAGAAAAAAAAACAACAACAAAAUCCUGACUGGUUAAUCUGUUAUGGGCUCUCGUUCCUUCGGAGAGCCUCAGCUUCCUGUUCCUUCUCUUUCCUUCUCACUGUUUGUGAAGUUUAACACCCGGUGCAACCCGCUGUCGUCGGAUCUGAGAUUCAUUUAUCACUAAAAAAGGCCUGAAGGUUUCAACUGGAGGCAUCAGAUUUUAGACAUCAUCACAUAGUUUUCUUUAUAAGAGAUCUUAAGAGCUGAACGGUGUCAGUGCAGGUGUAGCAUCAAACCAGAUCCCAGUCAAAUUUCUAUUAAUUUGACUCAUGACAUCUUCUGUUUGGUCUGUGCCAGAUAAAGACACAGGUCAGUAUACAGUAAUUAUCACUCCAACCAUUAUUUUGUCCCUACAUGCUUCUGUCUCCUCAUACCCAUAACCCUUUGUGUUUUUAUAGAAACAGCACUGCAGCGAUCAUGUCAGAGGACUGAGACAUUUUCAGGCGUUUUGAUGUUGAAUCAAAGUUUAAAAGUAUCAGUAAAAGAUGUGAAUGCACCCUGGAAUUUAGAACAGCUGAUGACAGUUUUGCCUUUUCUAGUGGUAAAUGAUGACAGCUCACACUGCUUGGUAUAUAGUUGUAACUCCGCAUACUGUUUGUUCAACCAGUGAAACUGUGCAUUAUUGGGUCAUGUCCGAUUUGUUUAUAUAUAUUUAUGUAUUUAUUUAUUUGGAUUACUUUGAAUGACUUUAAUUGACUCGCAGCUUCCAAGCGGUUUGCAGACGUCUACGGCAAUAUUCCUUCAUGAGAUAUAAACUGAAUCCUCACGGUUCACCAGCGAUUUUCGAGCAUCUUGCCAGCAGCCACAUCUCUCAGACAUCCUCGUGCUGUAGACACAUAUUGGCUUACAUAGUGACUCCUCUAACUAACAUUACCAAAGUGCUUUUUAAUAAAACGUCUCCCCCCCCCUUGCACUGGGUCAAGAAAAAGAAAAACAAUCACACAGCAGAACAACCUUUUGAGCUUGUGAUUUCGCAAGGUGCAAACGCUGUACUGGCUUACAGCCAUCGUCUUCCAUCACAGGCCAGAUCCUCCCCUGCAGUUUCUUCUUCUUCUUAAUGUUUUAUGCUUUGUGAAUAGCACUGUAGUGUGUGUGUUUUAUUUUUUAUUUCUUUUUCCUGUGGGGGAUUUGUAUCAUAACUACAACUGCUGUGUGUUUAAUGGCGAACAGUGAGGAUGUAACAUUUUGAGACUUCUGGUGUGCUUAAAUAUACACUGAACAGGUUUAGUCACAUACCAUCACACAUCUUUAUUCUCCUUCAUUAUCUGCAGUCAGUGUCGGCUUGGAUUGUAGAUAAAUCAUCAACAACCUUAUUUGAGCUCUUGGGUAAAAUGUUGUAUAUGCAACAUCUGCAGUGGUAGCAAGGCAGUCGUCCUCUUCCAGUUCACCCUGCUUUGGAGCUGCAUGUAAAUGUUUAGUGAAUGUGUUACGUGGAGUCCAAUCAGUACUGUAUUUUCUAACAGAAAACCAAUAUGUGUUUGACGGAAACCUGACUGUGCGCUAUCAUUUUCAUUCAAGCUAGCAGUUUUUUUGGGGGGAACUAUUUGAUUAUUAAGUGUGCAAACUGAAUGCUGUCUUAAUUUUCCUUAUAAUCAGCAGCAGCUACAAUCUCUACGGGAAACAUUCUGAUAUUCUUCUAUUUAAACGAAAUUAAUCAGAGCUUACAAAGACCUUACAAAGUCAAUAAUUAGCAUGGUCCUUUUUUUUCCCCAUAGUAAUUACCGGGUGUGACCCCUCUGCAACAGUUUGUUGGAUCAAGCUUGCAGAAGGGAAUUGUACAUUUGGCUUUCCAUGCAGAGAACAAUCACAACUAAUAACCUGUAAAUUGCUCCUUUUGCAGUAAAUUACCAAGCUGUCUUGUUGUUGGCUCCGUAAUUAUCCGUGCUACAAACUUCAUUAGCUUAGAUAGCUGUGUUUUCUUUCCCCCCUCCGAUUUCAUGAAGGGGACAACAAAGAAAAUUAUUAUACAUAUUCCAUCCUAUUUUUUAUUUUUGUCCAAGUACCACAAACAGAAAUAUAAAUGUGACUGCAGUGUUUUUACAAAUAAGACAUUUGAUUAUCUGUGGGCAGUAUGCAGUAUCUUAAAUGGACCUGUCAUGAUCCCAAAGUUUUUAUUGUUCUUUUAAUAACAAUAAUAAUAAUAAUAAUAAUAAUAAUAAUAAUAAUAAUAAUAAUAAUAAUAAUAAAGCCUAUUUAGGAUACAAAUCUAAUCAAAUGCAUGAAGCUGUAUAACAAUUAUGGUGGUGUGUGUGCGUGGGUGUGUAUGUGUGUGUAAAGCUGUAAAUUUGCCAUUAUUAUAAAUAAUGAUAGUACCGCAAAAAAUCAAACUGCCCAUUUUUGCAAUAAUUCUUUUAAUAAUAAGUUUGAUGCCGUUUUGGUUUAAAACUUACUCUUAUCAUUAAUAGAGUCUCAUUGUCAGGAACACGAGGAACAGACGCUGUUUGUUUAUGGCGCUAAAAAAAAGACGGUCAACGUGCGUUAGCUCGACAGAAUAUAUGCUACAGUGCUCAUAAACAACAACCAUACUAAGCAGUGAUGGAGAUUGUAGUUUUAUUUUUACAAACAGUUGCGCCGGAGAUUAAAAAUAUUUUUAUUGGUUGCGUUUCUUGUCAGUGGGUGGAGCCUAUUGCUUGAUGGAUAUAUAGCUACAUGAUAUUGUGCUAAAGCUAGCAGAUCUCAGGCACUUACAAGUCCACAGUGCGCUAGUUAGCCAGACAUGCUAACGUUAGCUGCUUAUGUUAACUACCCUGUUGAAUCCAUUCCCUCUUUGUUUUUCCAGCAGUGUAUUUUGGAUUCAGGGGAUGUGUUUAGUUAAUGGUCAAUAUCAGGAAAUCUGUGCUAGUGUUAUCUUUUCUUCCUUUGUUGCACUUUAAGUUUAAUAAAGUUUAACGCUGUGUUUUUUUCCCUCAAAACAGUCACUGGCUGUAAAAGUUCUGCCCCUGACGACUGUUUGUAAAAGUAAAAGUGACCUGCAGUCAGCUUCAUCCUCGAGUGAACGCUGCGUCUUGUCAUGGAGCACUUUCGCGAGCCUCUCAUCGCCUUUAGCACUGUGUCAAAAUGGACCAAAUUAGCAUUCCAUCGCGAGACCCCUCAAAGGUUUUAAAUCACAUUGUUUUCGUCUUUAUUGUAAAUAUGCCUACCACUUAGUAUGUAAUACUGCAGUGUGAUAAGCCAUAACCAAACCAUGAGGAUUUACUAUCCCUUAUGUGCCACGCAAUAACGGCUGUGACGUCACGGAUGAACUGACGUGUAAAUGUAAAUCACUGUGUCUGUUAACUUAGAAAGACAUAAAGACGUCUGUCCUGCCCCGCAGAGGCACACAGCGGUAACUGAUUUUGAGUUAAAAAUCGAGAGAAACCAUAUCACGCAGUUCAGUUAUGUGUUGGUUAUACUUCUAUCAGGACGAAAGAUAAACUUUGAUGUCACUUUUCUCAGUUUAAUUCCAGUUAAGGCGAAAUCCAGUUGAUGUCAUACAUAGACCCAUCCAUACAGUCAGAUAAUAAUUCAUGGACAGAUGUCAGAUGAUUUCAGUUGGUCGCCAGCGUAAAUUUACCUUUUUUUUUUUUUUUAUAGUUUUGGGCCAGAUAAAGUCUUUCAUUCAGCUACUGCAGCUAAAUACGCCUCCUAUUUUUGAUUUGUCUCAAUUCGAACUGAACUGCAAAGUUUACUACCUCAAGUUCAGCAGUGCUCUGCAGAAACUGACUAUAGAACGGUAGUACUGGAGGAGAUUUUGUGAAAUGAGUCAGUGUUUCGGGCCGCAAUCAAGAGCAUAUUUCUGCAAAGAAGGGAGAGGGAAUUGCCUCUCAAUUGGAAAGGGAAAGUUUGAUACAUGGAUUGUAGCAAAACAACAAUGUAGCGUCUGUGACAUCAACUGGGGAGAGUCUAGAUUUCUUGCACACAGCGGGAUGAAAUACUCCCCAGACUCCUCCUUUAAAGGGCCUCUGAUAAAUUCAAAUGGUUUGCAGAAACAUAUAUAUUUUUCUUUUAAAUAAAUUGAUAGUUGUAGUUUGUACCUAUAGUGCUGUACCAGCGAGGUAAACACAUAAACAGACAGGGGGGCCAAUUGGGGCCCACAGCUCGUUUUUUUAUUCCCUGCGGCCUUCGAUUUAGUUGAUCCGGCCCUGGUCCUCAUUUUUCUUUCUUUCUUUUUCUGGUACCAGCACGCAGAUUAAAUUCGAGGGACAAAUCUGAAAGAAUUGUUUAUAUCAGGAAGACAUUAAAGCUUACAGAAAGGUGUAUUUGAGGGACUUUUGCUCGAUUGAAAGCGAAAACAUCUGGUUGAUGUCACGGAUGCUGCCUCCAUGUUCCUCAGCAGUGUGUGCAGGGUUUGUGCUCAUUUCACAAAAUCUUGUCAGACGUAGUCGCCUCGCAUCCAUCUUUUAUUUCAUCGCGGUUUCAGUCAAACGUGGCGUACAAUUUGGAGAAAAAAGGCAAUACUCCGCCAUGUUCGCCGUCUCCUCUUCUCUCAGUUACGGUUGAGUCGCAGGUUUAACUUUAGGUGUGUCGAGACUGACACACAGCCUAACACUGGAUUGAAUAUGCAGCCACAGAGACUUGCCGUUGAGUCCAGCUAAUACUUCAAGGGAAAAAGAAAUCAAGUUCACUUUAAAUGUGCCGUUUGUAAAAAUGAGAGAUUUACUGUCAAAUGCACGGGUUUAUUUGCCAACCUCUGAGUCCACUGUGUCCCUUCCUCUCUGCUGAAUGGUGGACGGUAUCGUGUGGUAUUUUAAGUGUAAUUAACGUUACGUAUUUUGGUGUAAGUGUGGCAUGAAAAAAAAAAAAAACCCGACCCCCCCUCGUGUGCCUCAGGUGUGUAAAAUUUGGUCGUCACGUGAUCUUUAAUGUCUGGCUGCUUAUUUGUGAGAAGUGCGAUGCAUCUCAUGUGUUUUCUGUAAUGAAUUGGUAUCAAGAUUAUUUUUUAUUUUUGCUCUCUGUACUUUUUGUUCUUUUUGUCUGAAAAAAAAAAAAAUCCAGAUUUCUGUUAUUAAAGGUAACAACUUUUAUUAUA